AUGGGAAGCAAAGUUUUUUUCUCAGUGAUCUUAACUGCAUCUUUUUUGGCUGAAAAUUUUGUCACUCAAGGAGUAGCUCAAGUGCAACAGCCAGCAACCAUUCCUGGACUUUUUCCUCCAGGUUUACCUAUUGAUCUGGUAAAAUGUUGGUCGUCUCUUUUUAACAUCGAAGGAUGUGUGCUCCAAAUCUCCAACUCGAUUCUUUCUGACAAGUUUGAAAAUCUUGAAGCCACAUGUUGCAAGGCGUUCUCUUCCUUAGAUGCAAAUUGUUGGUCUCAAAUGUUUCCACUGAACCCAUUAUUCCCACCUAUCCUCAAGGAAAAUUGCGCUCGCAUCGUACCCAACCCACCUACACACAAGUGA